AUGCCCAGCGAUAUUUUGGGCCAUGUCUUGCACACGAGACCGUUCCGUGGGUUCGAUCCUAUACCGGACGUGCCGCCCUUGGAUCUAGAUAACCUGUCGUCUCUCAACAAGUAUGGCAAGGAAAUCUAUCUGACGUCUAUCGACAAUGUCACCACCAACCCUAGUUGGCUCUUGGGAGAGACACCAGACGCAACCGGGGCACUGAGAAAUUCUACUGCUUGUGCUGUUGUGGUCGUCGAGAGGAGCCAUCAGCAAGUUGAUGCUUUCUAUUUCUACUUCUACUCUUUCAAUGAGGGUGCAGAUAUCACCCAGGUUGUACCUCCGCUGGACAGGAUCUUCCCGGACGCCAGCCCUGGCAACCACUUUGGAGACCACGUGGGCGAUUGGGAACACAAUAUGAUCCGCUUUAAGGAGGGCAAGCCAACAGGCAUAUACUUCAGUCAACAUGGCAGUGGCCAGGCCUGCAAAUGGGACGAUGAAACAUGCUUCUCCAAACAGGGUGAGAGACCGGUGGUCUUCAGCGCGAGAGGGUCGCAUGCAAAUUAUCCUUCCGCAGGGCAAGCACUUCCCCUGGGUAGGAGCCAUAUUCAUGACGAAGCUCUGGUGGACAUUGCGGAUAAAGGUCGGAUCUGGGACCCUGUUCAACCAGCAUACUUCUACCAGUACGACCCCGCCACGGAUGUUCUCACGCCAGCAGACCCAGGCACGUACCCCACAGACUGGUUUCAUUUCACUGGCGCAUGGGGCGAUAAGAAAUAUAACGACAGCGAUCCUCGACAGGUCACGGUUCCCUACUUCGGCCUGAAGAAGUACGAAAACGGACCUACCGGACCGAAGUGCAAGCAUCUGGUCCGAAAGGGCUUGAUGCCAGACGAGCGGCCCAAGCCGAACAUGAUGAAGGUCUUGGUCGGCUGGUAUUUGUCUCUGUAUGGUUGCUGUCUGAAAGGACAUAGUGCAUGGGUGGUGAUCAUAUUCACCCUCGUGGCUCUCGCGGCGACCAUAUUUGUGAUGGUGUUGACAAUCAAAAAGGUUGGCCCUACGCUGAGGAGGCGGCUGCGCAGAAGACGAGGUGAGAAGGGAUCGGCCGAGUUGAACAUCCCGCUACUGGAUGUCGAAAGAGCAGAAGAUUAA